AUGUUCCAAAUCGAAGGAGAAAGGUCAGAAGAGCCUAAACCGGCUGAAGUACUUGUCGAUGUACCCAGUGAAUGUAGAUCCAUGCUUAACAAGGUUAUCAAGUUGGUGGACCCAAGAUUUCAGUCGGUAGUGGCUCAUGUCCUCCAUAUAGUGCCUAAAGAGAUCUUGAUGUCCAUAAUAGCUGCAGCACCUGACUGUAAACUCAGAAUCAUCGAGUGUCUCGACUCAAAGGAUAAUAACAUCAAACGUGUUCGAUAUGCAUCUAUAACGACGAAAUGGGCUACCCCGGAGUGUCUGAAAAAUGUGGAUUGGGGAAAGAUAAUGGGACCUUUCACAGAUCAAAUGGACCAUGAUGUUUGUUGGGCAGUCGUCGUGAGUGAGUUAAUAAGAGCUGUGCGACUCAUUGAAAAACCUAACCAAGACCCCAAGAUAAGUGGUUUCAAAUACGUGAUGAAGAAUGGGAUUCAAUUGGAAGAAGACAGACCGUUCAACGGAUGUUCUGCAAACAUUCCAGCUCGUGAGUCAUCCCGUUUUGGAUACAUCAAAGGCUUUGUCAAGUUAAAUAGUAUCGAGACAGCGCUUCGUGAGCUUGAAGGCCGACCAAUUGGAGCAGCUUUGGCCUUGUUCCACCCUGAGUACAAGAACAUUGGAAAUAAGGUAUAUCGCGGACCUGUCAACUACGAGUCUAUGUUCUGUGGUCUGCACGCGGUUUCUCUACUUAAUGUGGGGGAGGAGAAUGGAGAGAAAUAUGUACUUGCAAGAACUAGCCAUGGGGCUACGUUUGGAUGUGAUGGCUGCAUUAAGGUCUCCUUGGAAGUUAUGCUGGCUUACAUACCCGUUCCUGGUGAAGAAAUCAGCGAAUUCAUACAGAAAUAUUUAGGCACACCCAAGUUUCUACUCACAAGGUUUUCUUAUCCAACGCUAUUCACAGAUGCUGAGGAAGAGAUCAGGAAGAAACAGCAUCUAGACGAAUUGAAGAAUUUGAGGAGGAUCAACUGA